AUGCGUUCUCAUUCUGAUGUUCUUUGUUGCAGCCGCGGCUACCAUCAAAAAGAACAAAUUUCUUCUGAAAGCGUAUUGUGCUGUCAUUGCUUUGAUGGUAGUCAUUCAAUUAGUCGCUGGUUUGCUCGCCUUCACCUAUUCGGAUCCAAAUCAAUCAGCUGGCUUCAGAUGACAUUCUCUACGAGUCUCUCUAUAAAACCGCUAAAAACUACGCAUCACCUCCUCCAACUGAUGACGAGACUCAAUUCUGGAUCCACACUCAAAAAACGUUCAGCUGUUGCGGAGUUCUCAGUUCAAAGGAUUGGUCGUUCACUGAGGCUCAGUUGCAAGCCUAUUCCUGCUUCCGACCGAAUUAUGCCAAUGGAUGUGAAAAGCAAAUUCGCUCUCGUAUUUCUACAGACACACAGUACCUUGGUGCAGCCUCCAUGGCUGUAG